AUGGGCACUCGCAUGGGCCUCAGCUAUGCCUGCAUUUUCAUCAGCUACGUGGAACAGUUCACGUUCGAAGCCUACACUGGGGAAACAUCCUGGCUGGAAGAUCAGUGUGAAGAAAUCAAAACUCCUGAAUGUCCUGCAGGAUUUUCCCAUCCACCAUUGAUACUAAUUUCAUUAGAUGGAUUCAGAGCUGGAUAUCUAAAGACAUGGGACGUCUUCCUCCCAGUUAUUGAGAAACUCAGAACCUGUGGGACGCAUUCCAAGUAUCUGAGGGCCAUGUACCCCACUAAAACAUUUCCCAAUCACUACACAAUUGUCACGGGACUGUAUCCAGAAACACAUGGCAUAGUUGACAACAAAAUGUAUGAUUUCAAAUUAGACAUGUCCUUCUCUCUGUCUGGUGAUGAAAAGAACAACCCAGCUUGGUGGGGAGGGCAGCCAAUCUGGCUGACCGCCAUGUAUCAGGGUCUGAAAGCAGGUACCUUCUUCUGGCCUGGAUCGGAGGUUAAAAUAAAUGGAACGUACCCAAACAAAUAUGCAAAAUACAAUUCAUCUAUUCCAUUUGAAGAAAGAGUACUCACUGUUUUGAAAUGGUUAAGUUUACCUGAAUCUGAAAGGCCAGAUUUUUACACCCUUUAUUUGGAAGAACCGGACCAUGCGGGACAUAAUUUCGGACCUGUCAGUGGUGAAGUGGUUAAAGCCUUACAGUCAGUUGAUCGGAUUGUAGGAAUGUUGAUGGAUGGGCUCAAACAGAGGAACUUGCAUAAAUGUGUUAACCUCAUCAUUGUAGCCGAUCAUGGCAUGGAAAACACGUACUGUGAUCAAAUUGAGUAUAUGACCAAGUACUUUGACAAUGUGAAGAAUUUAUAUGUUUACAGUGGUCCAGCUGCUCGCAUCCGAGCCAAAAAUCCAAAGGAUUAUUUGUUAUUUGAUGCAGAAGGAGUUGUUAAGAACCUUUCAUGCAGGUUGCCUAACCAGCAUUUUAUACCUUAUAUGGCAUAUGACCUGCCAAAACGUUUCCACUAUGCCAACAACAUUAGGAUAGAUAAGGAAGUCCACUUGUACUUGGACAAACAAUGGCAGGCUGGACGAGACAAGUCAUUCAACUUUUGCGGUGGUGGAAAUCAUGGCUAUGAUAAUGAAUAUAAAAGCAUGCAUGCUAUUUUCAUAGGUAAUGGUCCUGGCUUCAGAUUCAAGACAGAGGUUGAUCCAUUUGACAAUAUUGAACUCUACAACCUGAUGUGUGAUUUGUUGCAUAUCACACCUUGGCCUAAUAAUGGAUCUCAUGGGACCUUAAAUCAUCUGCUGAAGAAUCCUCCCAAGAGUCCUACUCCUCCUGCUGAGGUAUCUGGUUUAUCCCACUGUCCACUCUCCACACUGAUUUCAAGUGACAGCCUAGGAUGUUCAUGUUCUAAUUCAAAUCUCACAAUGGAGGAAAUGAAUGAAAGAAUCAACUUAACCGCUGAAGAAGUUAAAGCAGCUGAAGCAUUAAACAUGCCGUAUGGAAGACCAAGAGUUUUACAGAACAACAGCAUAUAUUGCCUUUUGACCCAUAAAUCUUACAUGACUGGAUAUAGCUUUGACAUUUUAAUGCCUCUAUGGAGUGCAUAUACUGUUAACAAAUCGCAGGGAGAGUCUGUUCUACCUCCAGUCAUGCCUAACUGCCUACGGGCUGAUCCUCGAAUCUCUGCAAACAAUAGCCAGCCGUGUUCAUAUAAUACAUCAAGUAUCACCCACAGUUUUCUUUAUCCUCCAAGUGUGGGAACAGGAAUUCAGCAAUAUGAUGCAUUAAUUACCAGCAAUCUUGUGCCUAUGUAUCAGGCUUUCAAAAGGAUAUGGCAUUACUUUCACAAGGUUAUGUUGCUGAAGGAAGCUGCACAGAAAAAUGGUGUCAAUGUAAUGAGUGGACCAGUGUUUGACUAUAAUUAUGACGGACACUUUGAUACACCAAAGCAAAUUACAAAGUAUAUAAAGGACACAAACAUCCCCAUUCCAACUCACUUUUAUGUCGUCCUUACCAACUGCAACAACACUAAUCAGACUCCCCUGUCUUGUGAAGGCCUACUGAUUGCAAAGUCGUUCAUUCUACCACAUCGACCAGAUAACAGUGAGAGCUGCCCGGAUGGCAAAGAUGAAUCCCAGUGGAUUGAAGAGCGAAUCUGGGCUCACACGGCACGAGUACGGGAUGUGGAGCUGAUCACCGGACUUGAUUUUUAUCAAGAUAGAAAGCAGCCAGUCCCAGAGAUUUUACAGCUCAAAACGCAACCUACAGCUUCCAUCACACUAAAAACAAGGGCAGCAGGCCCAAAGAACCAUCACCUCAGAAUCACACCACAUGCUGCGUUGAAGAUUGCUGCCUUUUCUUCACUGACACUCCUUGAACUGCCCACCCAGUGGUACUGUGGAAGCACCUUCACUCCACACUCUGCAGCAGCCAAGAGAAGGGCCCAUGAGCCAUUUCUAAAAAGUGAUUAAAGAUAGGCAAUUAAUGCUGGCCUUGUCAUUCCCAGAAUUUAACAAGAAAUAAGAAAGGAUUACACAGGAUUGCUCAUGAAAUGCAAACGUAAUUGAAAUAAGCAGCCCCUUAUACAAUCUUACAGGAGAAAACAUGCCUCCCUUUCAUGCCUUUCUAAGUACUCCAAACAUAGUAAUCUAAUGCCUCCUUAGAAAUGAAUAUUAACACCAGAAAACAAAGCUCACAGCAGUAAUACAAGUGUGAUGUGGAGGAUUGCCAACAUGUUGAAUUCAUCUCAGAAUUCCACAAUAGAACAAGACUCAAUUCUCUUCGAAUCACACGAUAAAGAAAGCGGCAGAUUUAUAAUAAAGGACUCUUUUUCUACAGAGAUUUGGGGAGAGAUUCGAUGCUGGUGAAAGAAGAUGCAUGUGGUUGAUCCUAGCAUGUCAGGAGUGUAGGCAGUCCUUGGAUAAUGGAAGGGUUCCUUUCCUGUGAAAUGUCCAUAAGCCGAUUUCUCCAUAAAUCAGAAACAUCCUUUUUCUAUGGCAACCCAUAUAGUAUUGCUCUACAUACACGUUAUAAUUCUUUUAUUUCAUGGAAUAAUCACCCUAACACUACCCAUAAUUAAACUCAUGGAAAUGUAAAGAUAAUGGAAAUCCAGUCAUUAAUGAAUACCAUGAAAGAUUUUAUUAUUAUUAGCUUGAAAA